AUGGGGUCGUCCGCAUCCAAGGCUGCCCUCAGAGCGACCACCGAUGAGCCCUCCGAGCCCGGGCCGAAACACCUGGCGGAUCUAAUCCAGUACAUAAAUGGAACAAAUAGGAGUGUUGAACAUCUGGCUGAUAUUCUUUCUGAGAAAACUAGGAGCAGCAGCUGGGUGGUGGUGUUCAAAGCCCUGAUUACUGUGCAUCACCUUAUGGUGCAUGGAAAUGAGCGAUUCAUCCAACAUCUUGCAUCUAGAAAUUCUUUGUUCACUUUAUACAACUUCCUGGAUAAAAGUGUCAUAGAAGGCUAUACUAUGUCAACCUUCAUCAGACGAUAUAGCAGGUACUUGAAUGAAAAGUCACUCGCAUAUAGACUGAUUGCAUGUGACAUCACCAAAACCAAGAGAGGGACGGAUGGUGUGAUGAGAACGAUGAACACUAAGGAGCUGCUGAACACUCUUCCAGUUAUUCAAACUCAGUUUGAUGCUCUUCUUUAUUUUAAUGCAGAUCCUGACGAAAUAACUAAUGGUAUAAUACAUGCUGCUUUCAUGCUUCUCUUUAAGGAUUCUCUUCGCCUCUUUGCAGCCUAUAAUGAGGGGAUCCUUAAUCUGCUAGGCAAGUAUUUUGACAUGAGGAAGAACCAAUGCAAGGAAAGUUUGGAUAUUUACAUCAGGUUCCUUGAAAGAACGACCAAAUGGACACAGUUCCUGAAAGUUGCAGAGCAAGUUGGAAUUGACCAGAAUGACAUUCCAUAUCUUAAUCAGGUACCCUGCAAUUUACUUGAAGCACUAACACAGCAUUUAGCUUCUUUGGAAGAGAAAAAUGACAUUUUACCUCCUUAUAGUGUGCAGCAUGCAUUGAUUCCCUCCAUCCCAAAUCGUCGAGUUGUGAAAGCUUCAGCAAGCAGAGCUUGGCUUGAAGGUAAUAUAACGCUAUUGUAUGAUUAUGAUGUCAGUGAUAAUUGA